UGUGAAGGGAGAGGUAAAUCAGAGCUGCAGCCAUAGCAGCGUAACCAGGGCCGGGUAAACAAAGCGGAGCAGCGGCGGCAGCGGCACCUCCACUAACCCUCACCCCGGAGAGAGACUCGCUCCUGCAGGCGGAAUUUACACUGAAUAACCCGCUUUAAUACAGACAUUAUUUUCCUUCAGGAUUUUAGCAGCAGGAGACGCCUCGUUAAAGCUAACCUAGGUUAGCUAACUAGCUUAGCUGGCUACUGGUUACUUUUAAGCCAGCCUAGGUACCGUUAGCUUUAGCUUAGCUAGCUAAUUGAGAGCUUUACGCUGUAUUUUGAAAUAUUUUUAAAAACUUUUAUUGUUUUUAAAUCUUUAUCUGAUAGUUUAAAUGGUUUACGAAUGAGAACAUGCCGCUUUAUUUGCUGUUAGACGAGAAGAGUUACCAACAAGUGGGGUUUAGCUAGUUAACAGCUAGCUAACUAGCUAGUCAGGUUAUGUAACGCUAACUGUAACUUAGCAACCGUUACCCGGAUGUAUAACCUAGCUAACCUAGGUUCCGUUACUUUAGCUGGCAAGCUAAGUUAGUUAGCUUACCUGGGCUAAAUAGUUAGCUAACUAAAUAGUUAAAUAACUAUUAUAAGUGACCCUUACAUGUUUAGCUAAUUAGGCUUUAAUUUAACUAACGUUUUUUAAACGUUAGCUACAUUUCACAAUGGGCUGCAAUAAUCGACUAAUAUUGAUUAUAUAAAUUUGUCGACUACACAUUUAAAUGUCGACCAAUCGUUCAUUUGUAACGGUACGUUAACUUACAUGGCUUAAUUACUCACACAGGUUACACUCAACUUAGUUUAUGUCUCCAAAAGUGCCAGAUUUUUACACAGAUAACAGAUUACAUAUUUAAUCACUGAAUAUCAGUACUUUCUGCGUUUAAACAAAAUCCAGACAUUUAAAUGCCUUUUAAUUCUCAUGUUCAGCUGUUUCUAUCGUUUUUAGAAAUGGAGACGAUGCCAGAAAAAGUCAAUGACUAGUCAACUAAUAAUAAAAACAAAAAACCAACAGAUCGACUAAUCGACUAUCAAAAUAAUAAUGAUAUCCCUAGCGUUACUUACUAUCUGCCUCAGUCCAGCAGGAGCUGAAAUUCAGUGUGACACCAGGUUACCAGAUAUUUAAGCUAGUUAGUCAACUAGUUAUCUACUAAUCUGGCUCUUCAGAACACAAGUAAAGCUCUCUUCCCAGCAGUUUGUAUGAGGUAACAGUUAUCUCACGAGCUAGACAGCUUCCAAGUCCCAUGGUUUUGCACUGCCAUGUUCAGUCUGAUGGCGAACUGCUGCAGCUGGCUCAAACGGUGGCGUGAACCUGCAAGGAAGGUGACGUUGGUAAUGGUGGGACUGGACAAUGCUGGAAAAACGGCAACAGUCCGAGGCAUCCAGGGAGAAAGUCCGCUUGAUGUGGCCCCCACAGUCGGCUUCUCCAAAGUGGACCUGAAGCAGGGGAAGUUCGAGGUCACGAUAUUUGACCUGGGUGGGGGUAAGCGGAUCCGGGGCAUCUGGAAGAACUACUACUCUGAGUCCUAUGGGGUGGUCUUUGUGGUGGACUCCAGCGACAUCCAGAGGAUCCAGGAGACCAGAGACACCAUGGCAGAAGUUCUUCGUCACCCUCGCAUCGCUGGAAAGCCUGUUCUAGUGCUGGCCAAUAAACAGGACCAGGACGGGGCGUUGGCUGAAGCAGACAUCAUCGAGAGCCUGUCGUUGGAGAAGCUCGUCAAUGAGAACAAAUGUCUCUGUCAGAUUGAACCAUGUUCUGCAGUUCUGGGCUAUGGAAAGAAAGUUGACAAGUCUAUCAAAAAUGGCCUCAAUUGGCUUUUAAACAACAUCGCCAAGGAUUACGAGGCAAUCACAGAGCGUGUCCAGAGGGACACAGCAGAGCAGCGAGCACAAGAGGAGCAGGACAAGAAAGACCGAGCGGAACGAGUAAAGAAAAUCCGGGAGGAAAGGGACAGACAAGAGCGUGAGGAGGCUGAGCGAGAAGGCAGACAAAUAAAGGAGGAGGAGUCAGAGGACGCCAACAUGCCCAGUCCAUUCCAGCCAAUAAACAGUGUUAUUACUGAGAACGAGGAUAAAUUGAAAAAGGAAAUGGAGAAGAAAAAGCAGCGAGGAGACGGACAGCGAGAUGGUGAUCUGGAGCUGAAGAGCAAACAAGAAAAUGAUGAGGAGGACGAAGAGGAGGAGGAGGAUGAGAGUGAGAGACAAACACCAGAAAGCACAGAAUCAGGUCUCGGAGACCAAACCAAAAAGAAAGUAAAGAAACUUCGUCUGAAGCGGAAAAAUAAAAUCGACCCUCUCAGAAUAGAUGACUCCGCCAAAAGCCCCACACCACCUCCUGCUGUACCAGUUGGAUGGGCUACUCCCAAAGUUUCUAGACUCCCUAAGCUUGAGCCGCUUGGAGAUACAAGGCGUUCUGAUUUCUUUGGAAAGCCCCUCCCACCCGUAGCAAUUAGACAGAGGCCGAACGGCGAAACUCAUGAUGUCAUUUCCUAACCCCAACUCUUCUCAUUUCCCCCUUCCUCAUUUGUAUUCGAAUCUUCGCCCCCCAACCAAUCACGGUCUUUUGUUUUAUUUUUCUUAUCUCCAAGCUCGGGCUGUGUAAAGAGCUACUCUGGUGAAGGGACCUAUGACCGAGGAUCUGAUCAGGCAACCAGUGGAGAAUUAAGACAGAUGGAACACAUGUCUGUUGACCAGCCAAUGGCCUGCGAGGGGGCUGGGCUAAAGUACAGAGACUGAAAAUACAGAGAUUCUCUUUGAGCAGUGAUCAUGUGACGGGAACAUGACGCUGAGACUGAAUUCAUCUGCGAUGGACAGUUCGUUCAUCUACAGUGUACAGAAAAAUGUGCACAUUUUGUUUUGUUCUUUCCACACGUGGUGGAAAGAGUGGAAUUUUAAAAGGUCCCCUUCCUCUAAUGGAUUGUGUACAUAAGAAAAGUAUAAGAAAUAAAUCCCACCUAACUAUUUGCAACUGUGAAACACAUGGCCUUUUCUACACAGGUCUCAUUUUCAGAGGCUAUAUAAACUAUAUAUACAGUAUGUAUAUAUCUCUAUAUACAAAAAUGAAUCUUUAUUGUAAAACACUACAAUUUUUGAUAUAUGGACCUUCUGUAAUUUGCAUGGUGCAAGACUAUUCUGGCUGUCAUGGAAACUCUCUUCUCAAAUCUUCUCAUUAUCUCCAUUUUUGCCAUAUCUUUCACUUUUUGACCUAAUUUGGAAAUGUAUGAAAUAAAUAAUACCCUAGUCAUUCAAAAAUGGUUGCACCGAGAAGAAGCAAUAAACAAUUAAAUGUUUAGACUGAUUUGGGCUAUAUUUAUUGAAUUAAAGCUGCUAGCCUGUGUACGUUCAGAAAAGGUACAAACAUGACGGGUGCAAUUAUUUUAUUUUAUAGGUCAAUAGAGUUCUCCAAAUUUAUAUGGGAUAAAAUCUGAUUACAUUUAUCUUCCAUUAAAAGUAACAAAAUACUUUUUUUCGUUCUUCUGUAAAGCAGACAGCUACAAUAUGUCUCAUGUUCACGCAUACAGAUGAGCGCUGGUGUGCUAAAAAGCAUGUGAUUUAUGAAAUGCACUGUUUUUAUACAUUUCAUUUCUGUUCAGUUCAAUUUUUCUUCAGAAAUGUUCUACGUACCAGUUCCAGUCAAAUGUUUGAGCACACCAUAAAUGUAGAGGUUUUUAACUAUUGUACAAAUUGUAGAUUAAUACUGGAAUAAACUUGGAAUUAUUUAGUAAAUAAAAAGGUGUUAAACAAAACAGAAUAUGUUUUUAUAUUUUAGAUUCUUCUAAACUUGUCAAUGUUUAAUUACUUGAAUUUCUGGCCUCUUAUUGUAUUUGAGAGCAUCAGUAGUAACGAGGUAGAGUUACAGGUAUACAGUGAAUAGCUCUAUUUGAGUAAUGCUCAAAUCUAUACUAUGGCUGUCAAUAUGAAACAUUUUCAGAACUUUUAAAGUAUCCCCAUGUGCACUUACAAAAGCCACUGAAAAUGUUAUGAUGAAACUGGCACUCAUCAGGAUCUCCCCAGGAAAGGAAGAGCAAGAGUUACCUCUGUUGCACAGGAUCCUUUCAUCACAGUUACCAUCCUCCUGUGUUCCUUCAUAUUCUGAAUGACUUUAGUAUCAAUUUAUAAUGUGGGAUAAAUAAACCAAUUCAAACAUUUAAAGAGGUGUGUCCAAACGUUUGACUGGUAUUCUAUGUGGUUUUCAGUUAAAAAAAAAAAACUCUUAAUUCAAAGUUCACAUGCAGACUACACACUCCGGAAUUCACCAGCAAUGUGACACUACUUUAAAUUGAGUGGAUCUUGAAAGGACAGAGGAUAUAAACAUGGAUUUGUCUCUGAUUUCAAAAAGUAUAGAUAUAUAUAUUUAAGUAACUUUAUUUUGCUUUUGUUUUAAACUUUGUUUGGAAAGGACAUUUUGUUUCAAACAGUAGCAUUUUAAAUUGUUACAGCAGCUUAAAACUUUGUGAAAUAUUUUUUAACAAACCAAAAUAUUGAAAAAAACUUAUCUAUUGAUUUGUUUUAAUCCCCAAAAUGUGUGUUCAUCGUCCAGAUUGCAUUGUUUCAACUGUAAUCUAAAAAUGCAUCCCUGAAAGUGCAAUGUUUUUGAAGGUACCAUGAUCAGUUUAUGGACUCCAGUUUCCACUUUACUCUUGAUCUUUAUAUGGACUUGACAGAUUUUAUUUAUAUCAGAGACAUGUACUGUAAACAGUGUAUUCCUGUUAUUAGAUAUGUGUUUGUUAUAGCUGACAAUUGACACUAUGGUUUACUUUAGUUGUUACUGUAAGUUUCACCUACUUAUUUGUUUUUGUUAUACAUUAUUAUACUGUAUAUAGUAGUGCAUCUAAAAAUGAAUAUCAUUGAAAAGUUACUUUAUUUCAGUAAUUCUGUUGAAAUGUGAAACUAAUAUAUUAUGGAGAGACAUGUCAUCUGCUGGUGUUGAUCCACUGUGUUUUAUUAUCAAGUCUAAAGUCAGUGCAGUUUUGUUUUCCCACAAAAUCUUACAGCACUUCAUGCUUCCCUCUGCUGACAACUUUUAUGGAGAUGUGGAUUUCAUUUUCCAGCAGGUCUUGGCACAAAUAUAUUUAUAUUUUCUCACACACUGAUAUUUUGGGUUAAGCCUGACCAUCAACAGUAAGAAAAAACUCAAAUAAAAUAUACAAAUUUCACACAUUCAGCUGAAUUACUGAAAUAAAGUAACUAUUCAACGUUAUUUAAAUUUUUCUGAUGCACUAGUAUAUAUUUGCCACAAGUCGAUUACAUUUCGUCAGCGUUAUGUUUAUCAUUUCAACUAAUUACCACAGUUUUCUUAACAUCAUAUUCUCGUUUCCAUAGCUUUCAUUACAAGCACUUUUUUAUCCAGUUUGUUUUUAAUAUAAAUGCUAUUAAAUGCAUAAAUAUUUUUAUUCA